AUGCUGCGAAAAAAUUUAUCAAAAAUACCAAUUGAAGAACACCUUGCAUUGGACGAACAAACUGUGCCAUUCAAAGGUCACAGUAGCUUGAAACAGUAUAAUCCCAAGAAACCAAAAAAGUGGGGCUACAAAAUAUAUUGCACAGCAGGUGCCAGUGGUAUUAUUUAUGAUUUCGAAAUCUAUUCUGGACCCGUCAAUCAACCCAGUCAUCUUCCUAAUGUAAACGCCAGUGGAAAUGUAGUGCUCAGAUUGGCUGAAAGAAUACCAAAGUACAAAAAUCAUAAACUGUUCUAUGAUAACUGGUUCUGCAGUCCAGAGCUUCAAGUUGAGCUGGUAAAAUGUGGUAUUCACUGUCUGGGAACAGUACAGUUGAAUAGAGUGAGAAACAAUAAGAUGCCAUCUGAUGCUGAAAUGAAAAAGCAGGGAAGAGGCACAUCUGUUGAAUCCACUGCAUCUGUUUCUGGAUAUGACCUGAUUCUUGUGAAAUGGCAAGACAACAGGUGUGUCAGCCUUCUGGGCACCUUUUCAGGCACUCACCCAGAAAGCCAGGUUGCAAGAUAUGACAAAAAAACAAAGCAACAUAUCGAAAUAAAAUGCCCAAAGAUUGUGAAGGAGUACAACAAGUUUAUGGGAGGUGUUGACACUAUUGACUCCUUAUUAGCUCUGUACAGAACGAAAAUCAGGUCAAAGAAAUAUUACAUGAGACUGUUCUUCCAUUUAUUGGACAUGAGUUGUGUUGUUGCUUGGCUACUUUACAAGAGAGCCUGUCAUGAAAAUAGUAUUGAAGAGAAAACCCAGAUGGCUUUGUUUGAUUUCAAGCUUGAUAUUGCUGAAUCCUUAUGCUGGUCAGGAAAACCAUCCAAGAGACAAUCGCUGGAUAGCUCACCAGGCAGUGGCACCAAAAAGAGAAGGCAGCCAACCAAAUACAGCAAAUGCUGA